CUAGAAUACAUGGUAUAUAGGUAGGAAAUCAAAGAAAACAUUAAAGAAUUAAGUACAUAAUAAUACAAAAAUGCUAAACCAAGUUAAAUUACUAAUCAUUUAAAAAGACCUAGAAUUCAACUACCCAUUUGAACUUUAAUAUUGGUUUGGCCACCCAAACUUAACAACAUUAUCUUGUCCAUUUCAACCUCUUUUCCUAUAAAACCAUCCUCAUUUUUCCCAACAAAUACUCACCACAACAAGUAAUUAAUCAUCCAUAAAACACAUACUAAAUCCCCUUUUAAUUCCUUCCUCUUGAUCACUUUUUAAUGGCUUCCAAAAUGUCUCAUUUAUGGUUAGUUUUCCUAGUCCUAGGAAUGACACUUUUAACAUAUAAUGGUGCAAAUGCACAAUCAAGCAUUAAUAGUUGUACAAGUGUGUUAAUAAGCAUGUCUUCUUGCCUUAACUACAUAUCAGGCAACUCUUCCUCCCCAGCAUCUUCAUGCUGUUCGUCUCUUGCAAACGUCGUCAAUUCGCAGCCUCAGUGUCUUUGUGCAGUCCUCAAUAGUGGUGCUGCCUCGUCCUUGGGUGUCUCGAUCAAUCAAACUCGUGCUCUCGAGCUCCCUAAAGCUUGCAAUGUGCAAACUCCGUCUGCUAGCCGAUGCAGUGAGGCAGGAGCAGGAGCUGGUGCACCAGCAGGUACUCCUACAGGACAGCCAGAUGAACAACCUCAAGGCCCAACAGCUGAUUCACCCUCAGCUUCAGGAUCAAAGACAGUCCCAUCAACUGAUGAAUCAAAUGGAAGCAGCAUCAAAUCUUCUGUUAAACUGCUGGCUUUUGUAUUCUCAAUCGUGUCCUAUACUUCCGUUCUGGCUAUAUUUUAAGCCAUUUUGUAGUACUUCAUUUUAUAGCUAAUUGUUAUAGGAAUAUAUAUGUACUGAAUGAUUCUUGUCUAUUUAUCCAUUUUAUUAUGAUUGUAGAAUCUGUGCUUGAGGCCAGAUUGGCCUCCUUUUACUAUUAUUUUUGAGCAGUUUUGUUAUUAGUGUGUGCUGAUUAAAAUAAAAACUUCACAUUUUUUUUUUCGUUCCAAUAUGUUUUCAUUUAUUCUUUACUUAUAAGG